CAAAAUCGGAAAUCCCCACAUACACCCGACUCUGAAUGAAAGCACAUUACAAACAUUAACAUCUCAACCAACCCAAAAAACCAUAACAAAAACCAAAGUACAAAGAACUAGGCACUAGCCCAUGAUAACCAAAUUGAAAAACUCACACUUGAAACAACAACAAUGGUGGAGAGUUUAACAGCGACACUAGGACGGUUACAGCACCAGAGGGCACUGGUAUCUCUGUUCACAUCGCACAGAACACUGUUCGUGGUGCUGUGGAUCGUUGCUUUCGCUUCGGUUUUCGUUUGGCAGAGGAAUAUCGUUGAUGGGUUUUUCGCGUUCGGUCGCGGCGUUCGCCAAGGAAAGCCACUGCCGAGGCUGAGACCCGUGGCGUUUAACCUCACGGAUUUUGGAGCUGUGGGCGAUGGGGUCGCUGUGAACACUGAGGCCUUUGAGAGAGCGAUUUCGGCAAUUUCUAAGUUGGGAAAGAGAGGCGGUGCGCAGCUUAAUGUGCCUCCUGGUCGUUGGCUUACGGCGCCGUUUAAUCUAACUAGUCAUAUGACUUUGUUCCUUGCUCAAGAUGCUGAAAUACUUGGAAUUCAGGAUGAGAAGUAUUGGCCACUAAUGCCUCCUUUGCCUUCAUAUGGUUAUGGGAGAGAGCAUCCUGGACCUCGGUUUGGGAGUUUGAUUCAUGGUCAAAAUCUCAAAGAUGUUGUUAUUACAGGGCAUAAUGGUACCAUAAAUGGACAGGGUCAAACAUGGUGGAAGAAGUAUCGCCAGAAACUCCUUAACCACACUAGGGGCCCACUUGUUCAGAUUAUGUGGUCAAGUGACAUUGUGAUCACUAAUAUAACUUUGCGUGAUUCUCCUUUUUGGACACUUCAUCCAUAUGACUGCAAGAAUGUAACCAUCAGAAAUGUUACAAUCUUAGCUCCCAUAUUUGAAGCUCCUAACACCGAUGGAAUAGAUCCGGAUUCAUGUGAGGAUAUGGUGAUUGAGGACUGUUAUAUAAGCGUUGGGGAUGAUGGAAUUGCGAUUAAGAGUGGCUGGGAUCAGUAUGGCAUUGCUUAUGGACGGCCUUCAACAAAUAUACUCAUUCGAAACCUAGUUGUUCGCUCUAUGGUCAGUGCUGGCAUAUCAAUAGGCAGUGAAAUGUCUGGUGGUGUAUCCCAUGUCACUGUGGAAAACCUCCUUGUUUGGGGUUCAAGGCGUGCUGUCCGUAUCAAGACUGCCCCUGGUAGAGGUGGAUAUGUGAAACACAUAACUUACAGAAAUCUUACAUUUGACAAUGUCCGUGUUGGAAUUGUCAUCAAGACAGACUACAAUGAACACCCUGAUGAAGGGUAUGAUCGAAAGGCUCUCCCAGUGCUUGAGGACAUAAGUUUCACUAGUGUCCAUGGCCAGGGAGUUCGUGUCCCUGUCAGGAUCCAUGGGAGUGAAGAAAUUCCAGUAAGAAAUGUGACUUUCCGAGACAUGUCGGUAGGGAUAACAUACAAGAAGAAGCAUAUAUUCCAGUGUGCCUUCGUUGAAGGCCGUGUAAUAGGGACCAUCUUCCCUGCUCCUUGUGAAAACCUUGAUCGGUACGAUGAGCAAGAACAGCUUGUUAAACGCUCAUCCUCCCAGAAUAUAACAGAUAUAGAUUAUGAUUUUUGAGAAGGUGGUUUGCAGAGGUCAAUGACUGCAAUUUAUGUCUAUAAGAAAUGGUUUAGGCAGUUAUGGUUCGAGGUUGGAAGCAGAUGAUGCUAUUGUUCUUACUUUAUGAAUUUUUUUAUAAUUCAUUUUUAUAGCUUUCUUAUUUCAUGGAGUUGUAUAUACAAAAAAAUGUCAGAUGUGUAUACAUUCACGGGAUUACUGAUACUCAUAGGAACCAUUUUGUACCAUGUCCAAAUCCUUUCGGUGAGAA